GUAAAGUCUUCGAGGUGUCGUCGCGAGUGCCAGUGAGCAAUCACUUCGUUCGCAGCGGCAGCUUCACCCGCUUCGCCGAUUGGCACUUUAUACAUCGAGCUCGUCUCGAUGUCCUUCCCCACAACGGCAUUGGGGACGGCGACAAGCGUUAUCGGCGUUGCGGGGAAGUAUCGGAGACCUUACCACAUGUGCUCGGUCACUGCGGCGUCCAUGCUGCCGCAAUACAGCUGAGGCACAAUGCCGUAUUGCACCGCCUCUGGAAGGCUUGCCGUCUGCCCGGUGACAAACGAGUCAACCAGCGGAUUGAGGGCAUCGACGGGAAACUUGGGGGGCUACGACCUGAUCUUGUGGUCAGGCACGAGCUCUCCAAGAGUGUCGUCAUAUGCGAUGUUACGAUGUCCUUUGAAAACCGCUGGAUGUCUUUCGAGGAAGCCAGGAGGAGGAAAAUCGCCAAGUACUUUCCCCUGGCUAAGGAACUCCAGCGGUGGGAGUACCGUGUCCUCGUGACGGCCUUCGUCGGUGCUCUCGGGUCGUGGAAUCCGAGAAACGAGGCCUGA